GGCGGCGGCAGAGCGCGGGGUGGCGGCGUCGCACGGCUGGACCUCGCCGGGACACACCGUGCCGGCAUGGCUCUGGAUUUCCUGGCGGGAUGUGUCGGCGGUGCUGCUGGAGUGCUGGUAGGACACCCCUUUGACACUGUUAAGGUCCGUCUACAAGUUCAAAAUGUAGAGAAGCCUCUCUACCGUGGGACUUUCCAUUGCUUUCAGUCCAUCAUAAAGCAAGAAUCUGCUUUUGGACUCUAUAAAGGUAUUGGGUCACCAAUGAUGGGACUUACAUUCAUUAAUGCGCUUGUGUUCGGUGUACAAGGAAACACACUUCGUGCUCUUGGAAAAGACACUCCUUUAAACCAGUUCCUUGCAGGGUCAGCAGCAGGGGCUAUCCAGUGCAUCAUCUGCUGCCCCAUGGAGUUGGCAAAGACAAGAAUGCAGCUUCAAGGAACAGGAGAAUACAAACAGAAAACGAAGAACUACAAAAAUUCUCUGGACUGCUUGAUCAAAAUCUAUCAGAAGGAAGGGCUGAGGGGUAUCAACAGGGGCAUGGUCUCUACAUUCAUAAGAGAAACUCCAAGCUUUGGCUUUUACUUCCUGACCUAUGACUGCAUGACUAGGUAUUUAGGCUGUGAAGCUGAAGACAGUUACGUUAUUCCCAAACUGCUGUUUUCUGGAGGAAUGUCAGGAAUUGUGUCCUGGCUCUCAACCUAUCCCAUGGAUGUGAUAAAAUCCCGACUCCAGGCCGACGGGGUCGGAGGCAUUACACAAUACAAGGGCAUUAUGGACUGUGUCAGAAAGAGCUACCAUGAAGAAGGCUGGAGGGUGUUCACGAGAGGUCUCACUUCCACACUGCUCCGUGCUUUUCCUGUCAAUGCAGCUACCUUUGCUACUGUCACUGUGUUCCUAAUGUACAUGAGGUCAGAAGACAACAUUCCUGAAUGUGAACCAGAUCCAGUAAUCCACCAGCCUUCCACUUUGCAAACUUAAUCUGUUUGUUCUCCUCGUCCAAACCCAGCUGGUUGGGUUUUGUUGAACAUGAAUGCUUGACCUGCACAAGUAGUGUAGAUGUAUGCUAUCUGUAUAAAGAAUUCCUAAAUGUCAAAUUAGGAUUUCAUCUCACUACUUGUAUAAACAGCAUCUUGCCUUAUUCAGGACUCCAUAUCUAGUAGUAUUCAAGUAAGAAGGGGACCUGCCUUUAGAAAGUUACUGUUGCGGCUCCAGAAGAGGAUCUGGAGAAUGCCGUAGUACCAGAAAUUAUGUUUUCUUCCACUCAUGUUCUGAAUGAAUGAGUUGAAUGCAGAAAUGUUUUCAUGAAAGAAAUACUCAUUUUGUAUGUGACAGGAGUUAAGUAUACUUAAGGUGAAGUAGGGGGAAUAAAUUAAAUGUUGGAGGCAUUUUGCAGGUAACCCCAAACUGUUUAAGACAUGGACUAGCAUUCAGCUAGUCAUGUGUUUUACUUAUCCUCUGCUUUUAUACGUCAGUGGUUUUAGUAGCAACUUUGUUCAUACUAAUUUACAAAAAAAAAAUUAAAAAGGAGAGAGAAAAUAUUUGUAUUUAAGCUACUCCCUUACAUUUCAGCUUUGAAUAAAUAUCUUAAGCACAAAGUUAGUAUCUGCACUCAAAUGCACUUGUUCCUUUAAAUCUCAAGGCUUGUAAGGAUUUAGGGAAAUUCAAAUCUAGUAAGAUUGAUGUUGUUUGCCUACACCUCUGUUUCUCCUUUGGUGGGUGCAUGGACUGGAUUAAGUUAGCUCAGACCAAGCAGACUUUGUUCUCCAAAGUCAAUGCAAUUUUGCACCACUUCUCCCAACAUGCCCCAUAGCAGCCAGUGAUGUACAGAUGUCAAAGUCCUGCCUGUGGUAUUGCACAAAACUUUUGUGGGUGCAACGUUGGCUUAGCAGCUCCAAGUACCAUAGAAAUACAUAUUUAGAACUAGAGGUUUCAUAUCUUUUCAGAAAAUAGAGGUGUAAGUGUCUGAAAUGGUUGCUGUUCAAUACACUUGCAUUAUGAAUUGAAACAAUACUGAUUUUUAUGUAUUUAGUUACAGUGCUACUGGAAAGAGGACUGAAAAGGGGUUUGGAGAAUUUUCUUGUUACAUUAAUCUGCUGUGAUUUUUUUUUUUCUUUUUUUAGCAGUCUGUUGAAGAAGGAUUGUAUUAGUUAAAGAGCUAUAAACAGUUAUUUAAGAUUUGAAAAAAAAAAAACUACACAUAUUUGGCACAAAUAGCCAGAAGGAAGGAGUGUAUGUGUGUGAGCAAUGUUUUAAAACAUAUCAAAGUAGUUCAGUAAGUACAACUUGUUACACUUUUGGUUGGGACAAGUGCAAUAUGUGUUUAAUUUAUAUGAAUUUUCUAAAGAAACCUUAUUUCAUAGCAUUUUGCACUGUAACAAAAUAUGCUGGAGAAACCUGUAAAACUGGUAUGUCUCUUUAUACCUUGGAGGUAUGGUGGAUGUUCUAGUGCCUACUUGCACUGAGAUUCAAAUUGAAUGUUAAAUCUAUCUACUAAGCUGCAUAUGCACAACAACUCACAGCAAAGACCAUUUACACCUUUGUACAGUAGACUGUAAUUAUUGUAUAUAAAAUUGAGGGAAUAAAUUUUUUAAAAAUUUUUA